AUGUCUAAGGGUAAGGUUUGUCUUGCAUACUCGGGAGGUCUAGAUACCUCCAUCAUUCUAGCCUGGUUGCUUGAGCAAGGAUACGAAGUUGUCGCCUUUAUGGCCAACGUAGGCCAAGAAGAAGACUUUGAGGCUGCCGAAAAAAAGGCCCUAGCCAUUGGUGCCACCAAAUAUGUGUGUGUGGACUGUAGAGAAGACUUCGUCAAGGAUAUUUUGUUUCCAGCGGUGCAGGUUAACGCUGUGUACCAAGAUGUCUACUUGAUGGGUACUUCUCUCGCCAGACCUGUGAUUGCCAAGGCACAAAUUGACGUUGCUGAACAGGAAGGAUGUUUUGCAGUUUCGCACGGCUGCACGGGUAAGGGUAACGACCAGAUCCGUUUUGAAUUGGGUUUCUACGCCUUGAAGCCGGACGUUAAGGUUAUUGCCCCAUGGAGAGACCCAACUUUCUUCGAAAGAUUUGCCGGCAGAAAGGAUCUUUUGGACUACGCUGCCGAGAAAGGCAUUCCCGUCGCUCAGACAAAGGCCAAGCCUUGGUCCACCGAUGAAAACCAGGCCCAUAUCUCUUACGAAGCCGGUAUUCUCGAAGACCCUGACACCACUCCACCAAAAGACAUGUGGAAGCUCAUUACCGACCCCGAGGACGCUCCCGACACCCCAGAAGACUUGACCAUCUACUUUGAGAAAGGUCUGCCUGUCAAGCUUACAUACACCGAGAACGGCGAAGCCAAGGUGGCCACCAAGCCUUUGGACGUGUUCUUGGCUGCUUCCAAUCUAGGUAGAAGAAAUGGUGUCGGCAGAAUUGACAUCGUCGAGGACCGUUACAUCAACUUGAAGUCCAGAGGCUGCUACGAGCAAGCACCCUUGACCAUCUUGAGAAAAGCUCACGUCGAUUUGGAAGGUUUGGUCUUGGACAAGGAGGUUCGCUUCUUGAGAGACCAAUUUGUCACUCCAACUUACUCCAAGCUCAUGUACAACGGUUCCUACUUCAGCCCCGAGUUUGACUACAUCAAAUCCAUGAUUGCCCCUUCGCAGACCUGCGUCAAUGGUCAAGUUAGACUCAGACUCUACAAGGGCAAUGUCAUUUUCUUAGGAAGAUCUUCCGAAACUGAAAACUUGUACGACCCAACUGAGUCCUCCAUGGACGAAUUGACCGGCUUCUUACCUACCGAUACUUCUGGUUUUAUCGCCAUUCAAGCAAUCAGAGUCAAGAAGUACGGUGAAGCCAAAAAGGCGAAGGGGGAGAAGUUGACCUUGUAA